GCCAAAGUCCUCUUCCGAUCCCCAAAGAGAACUCCUCAUUCGAAGCUGGGGAUCACCAUCGGAGCUUGGAUCUCGGAGCAGCAGCGAAGGAUCUCUCCAAACCCUAGGCGGGAGAGUGAGAUCCAAUGGCGUCUUCCUCGCGGAUCUUUGAGUACUUCGUGGUUUGUGGCCUGGGGCCGGAGAUCCGGUCUUUGGACAUGACCAAGGGCUUCCAGGGCACUGGCGUCAUGUAUAUGCCCUCGUUUCUCGAUCAGUAUCCGGCCUCCAAUCACUCCAUCUACCCUCCUCCUCCUCCUCAGCUCCCCACUUGCGUUCUUCCAGCAGGAAUCGAAAUUUAUUCUUCAGGGCUUGACUCGAAUGAUCUUUCAACUUAUCCCCGAAGUUAUCCUAUUGUUUUAACAGAGGGGGAUGGUUCCAAAAUUUAUGUGAGCUGUAUUGCUUUUCGGGAUCCAAUUUGUGAAGACAUUGCUGAAGCAUAUCGAAUUCCAGAAAACUCCUAUGCUGAUAAAUGCAUUUGCCUUGUAUCACAUUCACCAAGUUUUCAAGUCCUUCGAGAUGCACUUGAAGAACUUUUCAUUCUUUGCUUUUCUCCUACUGGGAGCAGCAAGCCACUGUGGGAAGUCAUAGCAUAUAUGGUGUCGAAUGUUCCUUUGCCCACUCCAGGAAAAGAUAGAGUAAUGUUUGCUAUUGAGAACUGCCUUCUUUCUGCUGAGGCUCCAUCUAAGGAGAGACUCCCGCAUGCAGAUAUUUCAUUCCAGCCGUUGGUGCAGUGCUUGGAUGUUGAUAACUUGAUUAGACUUUUUACUGCAGUGUUGCUUGAAAGGAGAAUAUUACUGCGAUCCAAUAAGUAUACCCUAUUGACUCUGGUGUCAGAGGCCAUUUGCCAUUUAAUUUAUCCCUUCAGGUGGCAGCAUGUUUAUAUUCCACUACUAUUUUUUAGUGGGGUAGAUUACAUUGAUGCUCCCACACCCUACAUGAUGGGACUUCAUUCUGACGUUGACACAUCUGGCUUGGCGAUUGAUGGUGUUGUUGUGGUAGAUCUUGAGCACAACAGCAUCACUACUUCAGAAGACAUACCUUCUAUCCCAGAUCCUGAGUUUAGUUUUUUACGUGGUGAGAUUUUGAAACUGCUCCAUCCAAAUGUUGUUGGGAUAGAUCAUAUGAAGAUAAAUUUUGGUGUUAUUUCUGAGCAAUAUGCUGGAUGUGGCCGCAAACCCUGGGGAGGAGAGCAUGAUUUUCAACUAAGGCUCAUAUUCUUAAGAUUCUUUGCUUCAUUUCUCAGUGGUUACCGCAAUUUCAUUGAAAUUUCUGCAACAAAUGUCUUCAACUCUCAAGCAUUUGUAAAGAAGCGUUCCCGCUCGACUAAUCAACCAAUUGAUUCCAUGACCAUGAUAACACAAUUCUUAGAUUCUCAAGGUUUUCUGGAUUAUCUGGAAAGAUGCAUCAAUUCAGAUGAAAACAGCAACAAUCUUCUCGACAAAUUACAAGAUGCAACUGGGAGGGGUCAAAAUCCUACUAGCAUAUUUCCCUCCGCACUAGUAGAGCCUGAGGUCAUAACUAUAGCUGAAACUGAUGCAGAUGAUGGUGGAGCUUCACAUGGGGAGGUUGCCAAAUACUGUUAUGAUCGGUUUCCUUCAAACAUUAGAACUGAGGAGCAGGAAGAAAAACGGAGGUCAAUUUUGACUUCAGUCAGUGGAUCUGGAAGGCAUACUAUUAGCUCGCCCUCUGUUCCAAAUGGUAUGGAUCCAAAAGCUGAAAGUCUGAGUCCCAGGGAGAGAGCUGCGGAGAGGGAGAGGAUGGUCUUGGACAUAAAAGUGAAGCUGCAGGGAUUAUGGUUGCGCCUUCUAAGGCUUGGAGCAUCUGAAGACCCUCUUUCAUCAUUUGAAUAUGGCACUAUUCUUGCUUUGAUUGAAUCUGACGCUGAAGGAAUUGGAGGAAGUGGGUUUGUUGAAUGUAUUAGAGAGCAUAUUCAUUCGGGUUGGCAAUGCCGUUUAACUGAUGAACAAUUUAUCGCGGUGAAGGAAUUGCUUAAAACAGCAAUAAAUCGGGCUAUCUCUCGCAAUGAUAUGAUGACUGUAAGAGAUGCCCUUGAAGUAUCUGCUGAGAUGUACAGAAAAGACUCCAGUAAUGUUCCGGAUUAUGUUCAACGUCACCUUUACUCUCUCUCUCUAUGGGAUGAGCUGAGGUUCUGGGAUGGGUACUUCGAAUAUUUAAUGGACCGUUCUUCAAACAAGUUGGCAAAUUAUGUAUCUCUUGUGACAGCUCAACUCUAUUUAAUGGCAGGCCACAUGGUUAGAUUGGGACUUUCUGAUACAGAUGCUUGGCACAUAAUUGAGACAAUUGCAGAGAAAAACAACCUUGGAUACAAGCAGCUUAUAAAACUCAGGGGUUUGUUAUCACAUAUGCAACAACUUCGGGUUGGGUACUGGGGCCCAACUGGAAAGGCUCAGUCAUCAUUAACGUAUGGCUUGCCAUCCCCACGUUCUCAAGAUGCAGUGGAUGAUAGUCAACAACCAGCUGAAGCAUCCGGUUUGGGUCGGAGUUGGGUGCAAAGCAUGUUUAGCCGUGAUAGAAGUAUACGAUCAAAUUCUUUCAGCCGAGUUCGCAAAUGGACUUCAGAUGGGGAUGGUCAGGCUACACCUGAGGUUGGUGCUUCUCCUCGAAAGACAGAGCUUCCAACUUCUGGACAGAAAAAGUUGCAAUCCAAUGUACGGGUUCUCAAGGGUCAUACUGGUGCUGUUACCACUCUACAUUGUGUCACGAGAAGAGAGGUUUGGGACCUUUUUGGUGACCGUGAAGAUGCUGGUUUUUUUAUAAGUGGAAGUACAGACUGCACGGUCAAAAUAUGGGAUCCCAGUCUUCGUGGUUCUGAACUUAGAGCGACACUCAUAGGGCACUCAAGGCCUAUUCGUGCAAUAAGCUCUGAUCGUAGUAAAGUGGUAUCAGGAUCUGACGAUCAAACUGUCAUUGUCUGGGAUAAGCAAACAUCUCAACUUCUGGAAGAGUUAAAAGGGCACAACGGACCGGUCAGCUGUGUUAGGAUGCUGUCAGGCGAGCGUGUCCUUACUGCCUCUCAUGAUGGGACUGUGAAGAUGUGGGAUGUGAGGACUGAUACUUGUGUCGCAACUGUUGGUCGUUUCUCAAAUGCAGUUCUUUGCAUGGAAUAUGAUGACACUACUGGAAUCUUGGCCGCAGCAGGAAGAGAUGUGGUAGCAAAUAUUUGGGAUAUCCGUGCUGGUAGGCAAAUGCAAAGACUACAAGGGCACACUAAAUGGAUCCGGUCUAUAAGGAUGGCUGGGGAUACUAUACUUACUGGUAGUGAUGACUGGACAGCUAGAAUGUGGUCUGCUUCUAGAGGAACUUGUGAUGCUGUUUUAGCUUGUCAUGCUGGACCAAUUCUAUGCGUUGAAUAUUCGAUGUCAGAUAAAGGAAUAUUCACUGGUUCUGCUGAUGGACUUAUACGGUUUUGGGAAGCUGAAGAAGGAGGUAUUAAAUGUGUUAGAAAUUUAACACUUCAUUCAGCUUCUAUUCUAUCCAUAAAUGCGGCAGAACACUGGCUGGGUGUUGGUGCCGCUGAUAAUUCAAUGUCCCUCUUUCAUCGUCCUCAAGAAAGACUUGGUAGUUUCUCCAGCACUGGAUCUAAAAUGGCAGGAUGGCAAUUGUACAGAACACCCCAAAGAACUGUUGCCAUGGUUCGAUGCGUGGCUUCAGACCUUGAUCGGAAAAGGAUAUGCACCGGUGGACGUAACGGAAUGCUUCGGCUAUGGGAGGCCACCAUAAACAUAUAGUCCAUUGCAGGAUCCAUGUCAGUACAGUUAAUACCCAACCUCGUUUUCCAUUAAUAAACGAAUUAGUUUUCUAUAUAAGUUUUCUAAUUUGUUUCUCUCAUAGUUGUUAUGCUUUUGCUGGUUUAAUUUUAUGUGCAUUAUAUACAGUGUUUUCCAUUAAUAAAUGAAUUAGUUUUCUAUGUUA